AUGUUUGUUCUUCCUAUCCAUGAGCAAGGGAUGUCUUUCCAUUUUCUGAGAUCAUCUUCAAUUUCCUUUUUCAGUGUAAUAUAGUUUUCACUGUAUAAGUCUUUCACUUCUUUCGUAAGAGUAAUUCCUAAAUAUUUCAUUUUUUUGCUUUAUUAGCAAGCAAAAAAAAGAGCCAGUUGUUAAAAGGGUUGUAACCGUGUGACUCUUUCUCACUCCAAGUUUUUGUUUAGGAGUAUAUGCUUGUCUUCUUAACUAUAUGCUGUCUGUGUAAUUAUAUAUGUAAUAGUUUAUUAUUUUUUUAGUGAAUUAAUCAAAAAUACUUCAAAAAUUCUGUUUUAGAUUUCCAGCAUAAUUAAUGUCAGUAAGUUACAACCCACAAAAGAUAAAAACUCUUUCAAAGCCUCAGGUUUUAAGUGUGUCAAAGGAUCCUGAGACCAAAAUAUUUGAAAACUGCUUUAGAGCAUGAUUGAGAAUAAUAGAUUUAUUAUUUACCAGAUUAGUUAGAAAUGUUCUCUAAGGAACUAUGUAGUACUCAGCUGUGAAACCGUUCAGAGAAGUGUAAUGUGGCAUCUCUAACAUGGAGUUCAGAGACGUGACAAGGGGCUGGAACAACCUUGGAACAACAAGGACAGGUCAGACAAGAAGAGACCCUGCUGUUCUAGCCAGGUAGAAUGAUUUUCAGAGCUAGUGUCUUACUUGUUUGUUUUCACAUGGUAUUUGAGAACUCAGUCUUUUUAUUUAUUUAUUUAAUUUUGUUUUUUGAGACAGGAUCUCCUUAUGUAGUUUAACCUGGCCUGAGUUCGUUAUGUUGUCCAGGGUAACCUGGAACUUGGCCUUCAUUUUCCUGCUUUAGCCUCCCAAGUGCUAAGAUUAUAGGGGUGCAUCACACCAUGCCUGGCAUGUAUUUUUAAUUUAUGAAUGAAAUAGAGUCCAGACUAUCACUGUGACUAGAAAUACUAUUAUUAGUACUACCCAGAUUCUGUUACAUAUUUUAGUAGAUAUUUUCUCCUUGAAACUUGGGAUUUUAGUCUUAUAAACUGAAGUUGAUUCUUAAUUUAGUAGUGUAACAGUUUACAAAUAUCAAGAAAACAAAGUAAAAUUUCAAGCUAAAUUUCAUGUAUAUGCUCUCAAAUGUAUGUAUAACAUGCAGUCUAUGUAUAGCAAUACAAUUAAUCAACAAGUCAAUUUGUUACAUAGACUUUAUAUGUUUUGUUAUAAUGUUUACAUGUGGGUUUUUUUGAAUUCAUUUUAACAGUGCCUAGAUUUUACACCCUGCCCUAAAACAAACAGACUGCCAGAGGAAACCUCCUGCUUCAGGGCAAGGGACUUGUGUAAACACCGUGAAUGCAGUGUAGUGCUGGGAUUCCCUGUGUUUGCUGGAAUUCCAAGUGAGACUUGACCCCACAUUACUUAGAGGAGUUAAGUAAGGCUACACCCAGACAGAGGUGCUGAGCCUGAGGUUUCCCGGUCUCCUAGAAGUUUGCUAGAAGGUAAUUUCUGGGAGGACAAUCCAGCUUUAGGGAAUGAUAUUUUACACAGUAGACUUUGUAAAGUACGGCUUGUAUUGGAAAUUACAAAUAAUAUUCCUGAAGUUUCCAUUAUGAAGAUGAGUGGCUGGAGAUAGAAGCAGACAGGGAUGUCUGAGGUUACAUCACAAAAGAGCUCUUUUUUGUCAGGCAAACAUGAUUUAAUUUUAUCUGGCAGGCGUCAGAGAGCCUUUAACUAAUUUUGAACAAGGGCUUAACAGGCUGUGGGUAGUAUUCAGAAGAAAUCUACAUGGUGGGUGGAAAGAAGGGCCUUCAGUAGGCAGGAAGCAGGGCAGCCAUGCGGAGGCCACCUCAGAUUUGGAACUGGAGGUGAUGCCCAGCGGGCAGCUGGGGGUGAAGGAUUGGAAGUUGGGCUUGGGAGAGGCGGGUGUCGGUUAAUUCUGGAGUUCACUGAGUCACUGCUAAGUAACCAAGGAUGAGGUUUAAGGGAAUUACUAAGGCAGUUCAGUGCAUGGUUCUGUGAGCAUUUCCUGUCACUCUCAUGUUCUUUGCAUCCUUGACUCAUGGGUUUUGUUUGCGAGGCGGAUCAUCUGGGGAGUCAUCUGUCGGCAUCCUGCCCACCCAUUUCACUUGUGUUCCUGCCACACAUUUAUCCAAACCUUCCUCUGAAAGUUCUGUCAUUAUUACAUUUCCAAUAUUUUGGUAGUACUAAAAUCGAAGGGGAACUUUUGUCAAGUAAUAAGUAAUGUAUAAAGGAUGUUGCAAGUGAAUAUUUUAUCCCAUUUUUGUAUAAUUGUACCUUUAGGUUAUUUUCUAGAUUAAGGAAGGUUAUUCUUUACUAGAAAUGUUAUUGUAAAUUAAAGGAGGUCUAUGAAUUUGUGUUUGUAUUGAUUAGAGUAAGUUGAAUCAUACCAAAAUUUGCUUUUGGGAAGAAUUCUCUUAUUUUCUUUUCUAUCCUCUUGUCUGCUAACUUGAAUUUUAUCCUUUUCUCACUAAUAUGCUUCCACUGAGAAGGACGUAAGCGUAAAAAGCACAAAAAACAUUUUAAGAAACGUUUUAAAGGUCUUGAUCGCUCAAAAGAUAAGCCUAAGGAAGCAAAAAAGGAUACAUUUUUGGAAAAAUUGGCAACUCAAAUAAUAAAAAAUGUACAAGUGAAAAUCACAGACAUUCACAUUAAAUAUGAAGAUGAUGUCACUGAUCCGGAGCGGCCGCUCUCAUUUGGUGUUACCCUGGGGGAGCCUUAGUCUACUGACUACAAAUGAGAAUUGGACUCCAUGCAUAUUAAAUGAAGCAGAAAAAAUUAUAUACAAGCUAAUCCAACUGGAUAGUCUCAGUGCUUGCUGGAAUGUGAACUGCCGUCUGUCCUACUUGGGGUCCCGAGAACAGAUCUUGGAUCAACUUAAAAAUGAAAUUCUUACCAAGUAGACAGAGACCUCCAAACCAUCAAUACAUUUUCCAGCCAAUAUCCAGCCAGUUUCCUGCAAAACUCUACAUGAAUCCUCAUGCAGAAGUAGAACUCAAAACUCCCAAAUUAGAUUGGAGCAUAGAAGUGCAGAAUAUUGCCAUUGAGCUGACCAAGCCCCAGUACGUAAGUAUGAUUGACCUUUUGGAAUCGUUGGAUUAUAUGGUUAGAAAUGUACCUUAUAGGAAAUAUAAACCUAAUUUACCACUUCAUACCAAUUGUAGGCAAUGGUGGAAGUAUGCCAUUGAUUCAGUUCUUGAAGUUCAUAUAAGAAGAUGUACACAGAUGUGGUCAUGGUGUAACAUAAAGAAGCAUAGAGAGUUACUCAAGAGUUAUAAAAUCGCUUACAAGAAUAAGCUAACUCAGACUAAACUCUCGGAAGAAAUCCAGAAACAAAUUCAGGACCUGGAGAAGACUUUAGAUGUUUUUAACAUAAUUUUAGCAAGGCAACAAGCACAAGUCGAGGUGAUUCGAUCUGGGCAGAAACUAAGGAAGAAAUCCACUGACACAGGGGAGAAACGGGGAGGCUGGUUUAGUGGGUUUUGGGGUAAGAAGGAGUCUAAGAAAAAAGGUGAAGAAUCAUUGAUUCCUGAAACUAUUGAUGAUCUUAUGACCCCUGAGGAGAAGGACAAACUCUUCACUGCUAUUGGUUACAGCGGGAGCAUGCAUAACUUGACUUUGCCCAAGAAGGGACCUCGUUUCCAGUUUGGAUCUUGCUGGCCAGCUUCACAGCCCCUUGGCUCCCUCAUUCAGUUUUCAAGCACUCUGGCUGAGUUAUGGUCUCAGAUUCCAGAGUUAUCUUCCGGUUGGUUGGCUGUCCUGUGUCUAGGUCUAGUCAUGACUUGACAAGCAUCGGGUCAGGAGUCUCCUUUUAGUGUGUUGCUAACUUCCUGCAGCCAUCAGGUGGGUGUUUCUUAUUAUCAUUUGUUUGUUUGUUUGUUUUUUUUUUGCUCAUCUACAAGAAGUCUUAUUGUACGUCAUUGUUAUACUACUUUAAAACUUAAGAGAAAUGAACUUUGGAUCUUUAUAAAUUGUAUUAGAGAGAAAAUUUUAUCAAAAUUUUAUUCUGCUGUUCUUCAUUUGUGGUAAUUAUGUGAUUGCCAAAACCUCCAUGUUGCUAGGUUACGUUAUAAUUCAUCAUAUUUAUUUAAAAAGAAACUGCUAAAGGUUAUGUAAACUGUAACAAUUUUCACUCAAUUUUUUUCUUCAGUAUGUUGCCUAUAUAAUGACCUUGAAGUUGGUAAGCACUUCUAUUGUAAUCAGAGAAAACAAAAAUAUUCCUGAAAUCCUAAAAAUCCAGAUCAUUGGCCUGGGCACCUGUUGGGAGCCGCGUCUGUGAUAGCUCGCCUUGCGCGGCGGACGUGCGGCCUGUGGUAAAGAGCAAAGCCUGAGGUAGAUUACCCCUCCCAUCGAAUAUGUUAGUUUCCUGCUUACCGCGUAAACAACCCGCUCAACAAUAUAGUCUGCCUGGCAACUGAUGAUGUUAGCCAAUCAGCUUGCCUUGCUUACUUUAACAUGAUUGGACACUGUACCCGUAUAUAUACCGGUGCCACCCCUGGGCGGAAGAAGAAGCCAGGUAGAAGCCUGGAAGUAGAAGCCCAGAAGGAGCCGCGGAGAGCGGACCGGUAGAGGCUUCGGAGCGAAGCCCGGAAGGAGCCGCGGGGAGCGGACCAGAGGAGGCUUCGGCUGGGAGCGAUCCCAGGGCAGGCUGUACGGAGAAGGAAAAUAAAAAGAAAAGGUUGUCCACUA